GACACGGGUUCGAUCUCUGGUCUGGGAAGAUCCCACAGGCUGCGGAGCAACUAAGCCCUUUGCCACACUCCUGAGCCUGCGCGCUGCACCCCGGGAGUCACGACUGCUGAGCCUGUGCGCUGGAGCCCGGGAGCCACGACUGAUGAGUCUGCGCGCUGGAGCCCGCGAACCCCAACCACUGAGCCUGCGCGCUGGAGCCCGGGAGCCAAGACCACUGAGCCUGUGCGCCGGAGCCUGCAAACCCCAACCACUGAGCCUGCGCGCCGGAGCUCGCGAACCCCAUCCACUGAGCCUGCGCGCUGGAGCCCGGGAGCCACGACUGCUGAGUCUGCGCGCUGGAGCCCGCGAACCCCAACCACUGAGCCUGCGCGCUGGAGCCAUCGAACCCCAACCACUGAGCCUGCGCGCUGGAGCCCGGGAGCCACGACCACUGAGCCUGCGCGCCGGAGCCCGGGAGCCACGACCGCUGAGCCUGAGCGCUGGAGCCCGGGAGCCGCAGCUACCGAAGCCGGCGUGCUCCAGAGCUUGUGCUCCUCUGCGAGAGACGCCACUGCAGGGAGAAGCCCGCACACAGCUGGUCGCCACAGCUAGAGAAAAGCCUGAGCAGCGAGGAAGACCCAGCGCGGCCAAAAGAGAAUCUGAGUAAUUCUGCAAUAUUCACUGUCCCUACUUUGACAAUGGUACUUGUAGCUGACUACCCAG